AUGGACCUGCCUCCUCCUGCUGUGGUCUGGCUCAGAGACUGUCGAAGAGCACAGAACUCGUCACCUGCUGGAGCUCACUCUGGUCAGACCAUGGGGGUCAGACACACCCUUCACUCGGACAGGGCUGGGAUUGGUCUGAGUCCUGCGAGAAGCAUCAGAUGGAAAGUCCUUCUGCAGCUCCACUCCACAGUCCUGACCUCAGCUGCAGAUCAAGAACUGGUUCAGUUUAGACUCCUCGGAGACUGGACUCGUGAACUAUAG